AAAGGCCUAUCUUGGCAUGUUGACAUUUUAUUCCCGGUUCAUGCCGAACAUGUCAUCGGAACUAAGGCCGCUAUACCAACUUCUUCAAAAAGAGGAACCUUGGGCAUGGUCGGAGGAGACUGAAAGGGCAUUUCAGAAAAGCAAGAAAAUGCUCACUCAGGAUUCAGUACUAACCUUCUAUGACCCUAAAAAACCACUAGGUCUGGUUUGCGACGCAUCCCCUUAUGGGGUUGGAGCAGUUUUAUUUCAUGUUGUUUGCGGCCAAGAGAAGCCGAUAGCAUACGCGUCGCGCACGCUAAGCAGCGCCGAGAAAGGCUACGCGCAUAUCGAGAAGGAGGCGUUGGCCGUGGUGUUUGGAGUAAAGCGCUUUCAUAAAUACAUUUAUGGGCGUGAGUUCACGAUUUAUUCCGAUCACCUUCCACUAGCUAGCCUGUUUGGCCAGACAAAGCCAAUUCCACAGAUGGCUGCCGCGCGCAUGCGACGUUGGAUGCUGUUACUGGCGGCUUAUCAGUACAAGUGGACUUAUAGAAAGGGUGCGCAAGUGGCUAACGCUGACGCGUUAUCACGAUUGCCGCUUCCGAAUGAAGCAGACAAGAGCGACUACGUUCUGUUUUUCUCCGCUGUUGAAGCAGUACCGCUUUCAGCAAGCAAGAUUCAAGCGGAAACUGAGAAAGACCGCACGUUGUCUAAAGUGAAACUUUUCGUUUUGAAUGGCUGGCCUGAAAGACAUUCAGAUGUUGACAUUGCACCCUAUUUUGUCCGGCGAAAUGAGCUGUCUCUAGACUCUGGUUGCUUAACCUGGGGCACUAGAGUAGUUAUUCCCGAAUCUUUGCAGCCAGAAGUGCUACAGCUUUUGCACGAAGGGCACCCUGGUAACACUCGCAUGAAAAUGCUAUCAAGAAGUCACGUGUGGUGGCCGAAGUUAAAUGAGCUGGUCGAAGAAACAGUUCGACGCUGUUCAACUUGCCAGCUCAGCCAAAACGCUGCACCCGCCAUACCCCUUAUGUCAUGGGGAAGGCCCGCCAGACGGUGGCAACGAGUGCACCUAGACUUUGCAUACUACAAACAAGACUGGUUUUUGGUGCUUGUCGAUGCCCAUUCUAAUUGGGUCGACGUUAUACACAUGAAAUCGACCACGGCGUCGAAGACUGUAGAAAAGCUUCGCACCGUUUUUGCAGCGUUUGGGCUUCCCGAACAGAUUGUGACAGAUAAUGGUCCUCAAUUUGUGUCUGACGAAUUUGCAGUUUUCCUCAGAUCCAAUGCUGUGCAACACGUCAAGACACCUCCGUACCAUCCGGCUUCGAAUGGGGCAGCAGAGAGGCUCGUCCAGACGGUAAAGAAGAACUUGGUACGCCAACUGCGAGACGAGAGGCGCUCGGGGCAAGCCCGAACCAUUCAACACCGGCUGGACCAGUUCCUCUUCACAUACCGCAACACGCCAUGCUCCACGACUGAACAGUGCGCAUCACUGGCGCACCUCUAGCGCAACCUGGUCCGGCGACUCCUGAAGAAACAGAGGAAACUCCUACCGAGGUCCAGGAACCAACGUCGGAAGCUACAGAUUCUACCGCCGUUGAACAACCUCCUGAACCUCUGCCACGCCGAAGCACAAGGGUUCGGCGACAGCCUGAAAGAUAUGGAUAUUAAAGAAAAUAAGGGAGAAGGAAUGUUGUAUCUAAUAAAAGGACAAAGCGCGGUGACGUCACUACUGACGCACCGCAACUUGUGCGUAUAUAUUGCCAAGCAAGAUGCUGGGUUAUCAGAUUAAACUGUUCGCCACGAAACAUGUCACAGCUG